AUGCCGCGCCUCGCCCCAGCCCUCGAAAUCUUCCCUACGCUCGCCCGCUUCCAGACCAUUCGCCCACGGCGCCUCGCCGAAGUCCCCAUCGGCGGGCCCUCUCACGAAGUCUCGCCAAGAGCCCUGCAGCAGAGCGCCAUCCACCUGUACCACGAUCUCGGGGUGAUUGUCUUUGCGGGUUGUUCUGUCGCGGAGGUGCGCCGGAUAGGCGAUGUGUUGAAGGAGGUUGUCGCCCUGGGCGGGCCGGGCGGCGUGGUGGCGAGGCUGGAUGGGUGGGAGGGCGAGGUUGUGAGGAGGAGGGAGAGGAGCUUGAAGGGGAAAGGGGAGCUGUAUAGGGAUUUGGACGAGAAGAGGACUGGCAUUAUCAGACCCGAGGUGCUGCUACAGCUUGCGAAGACACGGUUCGAAGAGACGCUCAAGGAAAGGAUACCGGAGCUGAGGACGGCAAAGGACAUUGACAUACGAGAAACGCAAGUCAUUCUCCCGGGAUCACCUCCUCCGAGAGGCAUCAUCAAUAAAACGGCCAACGGCCCGCGCCGCCUCCCCAUCGAAUCCUUCACAACAAUGGGCGUCAACCGCGUCAGCGGCUACACCAUUGGCGAGACGCGCUUCUUCACCGUCGGCUCGGGCAACUACGUUGGCGGCGCACGAGUCGACUACCUGAUGCUGAAAUACGAAGAGGACAAGCAGAAGAAGGAUGGCGAGAAGAACGGGAACAAGAGCGCAAGCACGAGCAUAAGCGUAAAGCCAUUCUGGGGACACGGGAACCUCAAGCAGCGACGGAGGGUUGGUUAUGAGGAGCAGACUGCGAUAUUCGACCAGGUUAUCGGCAAGCUGAUGCAGCCGCUGUGGGAACUGGAGCGCAGUGUGUGGGCUGAUCAAGCCGGGGAGCUGGAGAGGCGGAGGGAGAAGAAGAAAUGGGGAGGCGACGAUACCCAGGUGAAUGAUGCUUGA